AUGUCGUCCAGGAGGAAGCAAAGGGAACCAAAGGAAGAAAAUGUGACCCUUGGACCUGCUUUACGGGACGGAGAACAUGCAUUUGGUGUGGCUCACAUUUUUGCAUCAUUUAAUGAUACUUUCAUUCAUGUGACUGAUUUGUCUGGAAGAGAAACCCUCGUUCGCAUUACUGGUGGUAUGAAGGUAAAGGCUGAUAGAGACGAGUCUUCACCGUAUGCGGCCAUGCUUGCAGCACAGGAUGUGUCUCAGAGAUGCAAGGAACUAGGAAUUACUGCUCUUCAUAUUAAGCUCCGUGCCACUGGCGGCAACAAAACCAAGACACCUGGUCCUGGUGCUCAGUCUGCACUACGGGCUCUUGCUCGUUCAGGAAUGAGAAUUGGCCGCAUUGAGGAUGUGACUCCAAUCCCAACUGACAGCACCAGAAGGAAGGGUGGUAGAAGAGGUAGAAGAUUGUAA